AUGCAUUUUAACGGUAUCAACAUUCUGAGCUUUGCUCUCUUGGCAGCCACAUUUGGGCCCGGAUCGGCUGCACCAACAACACCAGUCGCCAAACGUCAAGCCGCCUGCUUCCUGGUCGGGAGCGAAAUCCUCCCAGCCGAGACUGCGGACGUCGCCGCCGUCAUCCAAGGGGGCAUCACGUGCGGCACGGCGAAGACCAUCGGCAACGUGCCGGACGUCUCCAGCGGCGGCGUCUCGUUCUCAUCCAUCAACUUCGCCACCUCGUCGUCCACACCCUUGAAAUUCGCACUCGACACCUUCGCCACCGCCAACCCGCUGGCGUCGACGAACCUCGCAACCUUCCAGACGGACUUGAAUUUAUACUUGGCCACCGAGGCAGGGAUCCGCAGCGAAGGUGGGAAUCUCGCGAUCAAAGUGCCCAAGUUCUUCCUCGCGUUCCAGGUCGCACGCAUCAAGACCGCGCAGGGCAUUGCUAUCACGGAUCCUGGACAGACCGUCGAGCAUCUGUUGGAGAAAGUCACCAAGAACGCGGCGGGCGAAAGUAAAGCCCUGCUUGAUCAGGUCGUCGCUCUGUCGACACAGCUCCGGUAG